AUGAAGGACGGGCACGACUCGAGGAGCGUCAGGUCGAGGAGCGGCAGGUCCAAGAGCUUGUACGACUCGGAGGGCGGCUUCUCGUUGACGCCGCACAGCGCGAUACUGCUGUUUGACUUCGGCUCGAGAGACCGAGCGCCGCCCCCAACGCAGCACACGAAUCCGUUCUCGUACCGGGGCCUGGGGGUCAAGGACAUGAUCACGUCGCCGUACGACAAGAGCGCGAGCGUGAGCAUUUGGCAGGUGGCUCUUGGGGCAGGGAUUGGACUCACGACGGGCGUGAUGCUCAUCCACUACGAGGUUAGCGGCGCGUGGGCCGACUGGAUCGCGAUGCCUGGCGUCCUCUUUAUCCAAGCUCUCAAGUGUUUGGUGGCUCCGAUGGUGUUCUGCAGUGUGAUCGUGUGUAUCGGAGAGUUGGUGGAGGCUGGCAAGGCUGCGUCCAUCGGAAGACGUAUUAUCACCUCCUUCGCUAUGGCCUCCAUCGCGUCGUCGUGUACUGGCACCCUCUUCGCCUUUGCGAUGUCGCACCUCUAUCCGUCAAGCGCCGUGGUGCCGAUCAAGCCGACUAUUCCAUCGCUGACAUUCCAGUGUGCUGACGGCUCCUAUCUCUCGUACUUGGUGAAUGGAACGAUCGCGUGCAGCUCAACUAACAGCACGUCGUCAAGCAACAUGUUCGUGAUGGAUGAUGUGAGUGGCUACUUGAAGACGUCGGACACGGAGUUCGAGAACUUGAACGUCUCGGAGCAGAUUUUCAGUAUCGUGAAGGACCUGGUGCCGGAGAACAUCUUCGAGUCAUUUGCGGGCUCUUCGACGCUCAGCGUUAUCGCGUUCGCUAUCUGGGUGGGAGUGGCAUUAGUCAAGAGUGUGGACAGAGAAGCAGGCGUGGAGAACUACCCCCUGCUUAUGGUGACGCACGCGAACGCAGUGAUCCUCCUCCUCGUGAACAUCGUGGUGAAGUACAUCCCGAUCGCUGUCAUCUCGUUGAUCGCGGGCUCAAUUGCCAGCUACAGUUCAUCGACGGAGCUCGUCGAGGGCGUCGCCUUCUUGGUCGGCACUUUGAUUGUGGCCCUUCUUACGCUCACUGUCGGAGUUUUCGGGCUCGCGCUUUUCGUGACGACAAGGAGGAAUAUCUUCUCGCACCUGUGGCAAAUGGUUCCAGCCCAGAUCUUCAUUUUUGGAUGUUCAUCCUCGAUCGCAACGCUGCCGAUGACCAUGCGCUGUGUGGACGCUACAAGAGAAGUAUCGUACCAAUUAUCGCGGUUCAUGCUGCCUCUGGGGGCCACGAGUAACCUCAACGGGACAGCCGUGUACAUACCGCUGGCUUGCGUUUUCCUAGCGAAAGUCGGUGGGUAUGACGCCUUGCUAACGCCGCUACGCUUCGUGCUGCUGGGCUUUGUUAGCGCUAUCGCCUCCUUUGGUGUCGCUGGCGUCCCCCACGCUGGGCUGGUGAUGGUGCUCACGGUGUGGCGAACAGUUUUUGGCGUGGACGUGCCGGUGGUGUUCUCCAUUCUUGUGAGUACGGACUGGAUCCUAGAUCGCCUGCGGUCCAUCGUGAACAUCACGAACGACACGAUCAUCGUGCGUAUUAUCGCUGCGCGGUGCGACGAGACCAUCUUGCACCAGCUAAGCACCCAGCAUACAGAAGGCACCGAGCUCUUAAGUCACAUGCCAAGGAGUUAA